UUUCUGCUGCACUCAGUGCAUCCAAAACCAGAAUAGCAUCAUGAUGAACAUUGCACUUCUUGUUCAACUCUUUGCAUUUUCCUUCCUUAGUUGUGUAUAUGCACAAGACACCACCACCCUUGUGCCUGCCAUCGUAACAUUUGGUGAUUCUGCUGUGGAUGUAGGAAAUAAUGACUAUCUUCCCACAAUUUAUAAGGCUAAUUACCCUCCCUAUGGGAGAGACUUUGCUAACCACCAACCAACUGGGAGGUUCUGCAAUGGCAAAUUAGCUACUGAUAUCACUGCUGAGACGUUGGGUUUUAAGACCUAUGCUCCUGCAUAUCUUAGCCCACAGGCGUCAGGGAAAAACCUCCUUAUUGGAGCAAACUUUGCUUCUGCUGCAUCUGGUUAUGAUGAAAAUGCUGCUAUUUUGAAUCAUGCAAUUCCAUUGUCCCAACAGUUAAGUUAUUUCAAGGAAUACCAAGGCAAGCUGGCCAAGGUAGCUGGCAGUCAAAAGGCAGCCUCAAUUAUCAAAGAUGCAUUGUACGUGCUCAGUGCUGGCAGCAGCGACUUUGUGCAAAACUAUUACGUCAAUCCUUGGAUCAACAAAGUAUACACACCUGACCAGUAUGGCUCCUUCUUAGUUGGUUCGUUCACCAGUUUUGUUAAGGACUUGUAUAAAUUGGGAGGCAGGAGACUUGGAGUGACUUCACUCCCACCAUUGGGUUGCCUACCUGCUGCAAGGACUUUAUUUGGUUUCCAUGAGAAUGGUUGUGUCUCAAGAAUCAACUCUGAUGCCCAAGCAUUUAACAAGAAGAUCAACUCAGCUGUAGCAAAUCUUCAAAAGCAACUUCCGGGUCUCAAGAUUGCUGUUUUUGACAUUUACAAGCCUCUCUAUGACCUUGUUCAAUCCCCUUCAAAAUUUGGUUUUGUGGAGGCAAACAGAGGUUGCUGUGGUACCGGGACUGUGGAGACAACAUCUUUGUUGUGUAAUCAAAAAUCACCUGGAACUUGUUCUAAUGCCACCCAGUAUGUGUUUUGGGAUAGUGUCCAUCCUUCACAAGCAGCUAACCAAGUUCUAGCUGAUUCAUUAAUUAUCCAAGGCAUAAGUCUUAUCACAUAAAGAGUCGUGAUUAUUUGUGUGGAGAUAGUAUUGUGUACUACUACACAGCGUGAAAGUGAUUCAAUGUUUGCUGUUUUUCCUUUGUAUGGACAAAGAAUUGCUCUAUGUAUUUCAGAUCAUGAGAAAUUUCAGAUAAACUUGUUGUAAAACAUUUCAUAAUAACAGAAAUAUUUACUUA